GAUUGUACAAAGAUUAAUAGACCACGCCGUAUACUUUUUCGGCCACCCAAUUUUGGACGCAACCAAUGCACUCGUUACGGCCAUGUCGGUAUCAUAAGGGUUACCAUAUUUACUAUGUCCGUGGACUAUCUUUAUGAUAUACCUAAUCUGUAAUCCAUGUAACAACAGCCAACAACAGAACAGUACUAUUGAUAGUUUUUUGUAAUAGUCGACAUUAAUACGGUUCAUUCCAUUUUCACGUUUCAUGUCUGAAACAAUGAUAAAUAUACCAAUAAUUAUCGUUGUGAUUAAUUGUAUAAAUAAUUGAAAUGUAUGUUUGUUUAACUUUAUAAAAAGAAAAAAUAAUCUACCUAAUAACGCCUACAAACCAAUUUGUAAUCAUCGACAUGGAGUCAAUUUCAACUGCGUUGAAUCAUAUAUCUUCAGAUAAAGGUCGUAUUUGUGGUAGCCUACAUUAUGUUCGAACUAACAUCAUUAGCAGACCUGAAGGAAUUAAUGAACUUCGAGAACUCGGAGGUAUCAGAAUAUUAGUUAAAUGUUUAAAACAGGUGAAUCCAAAAGUGUUGUCAUUGACACUGAGUAUACUAGGAAACUGCAGCAUGGACGAAUCCUGCAGAGAACAAUUAUUCGAAUGCGGAAUCAUCAAAGAUCUUGCUUUCAUUAUGAAAAAUAUUAACGUUGAUAACAUUCACAAUCGCACAUGUCGAAUGGUUGCCAAUCUUGCAAUCUCUCAAGUUCAUAUACCGAAUAUGUACAAACAUAAUAUUCCAAAUACCGUCAUUAGUAUACUGGCCUACACUAAUUGCAAUGGAACAAGAUUUUCUGCAAUUCGAGCUCUAAGGAAAAUAUGGGAAAAUUCAUCUAAAACUGGUUGCACUGAGAUGUUAAAAAAUCAAGCCAUUGCAAUUAUCUCAGAGUUGCUGUUUUCAGACUGCAGUGAUAUAGUUUCAGCCGUCUUAAGGGCUCAAUUAUCGUUCUUAGCUAACGCUGGCAAUCCCAAGCAUCUAACAAACAACCAAUUUGUUGUAUUACAAAUUUUGGGAAAAGAUGUGAAAAACACUAUGACUACUUUGAUGAAUUUACUGCCGAAUAAUCCGAUUGCCAGUAAAAUUAUUUAUUUAUUGAGUAAAGUCCGUCAAACUAGAAUGCAGCUAGCUCUGGCUGGAACUAUGGAACGCAUUGUUGAUUAUUUAGAAAAAGAAAACAACCAUUAUUUGACAGUAUCAUUGUGCCUUUUGUGUGAGUGUCCGUCGAAUCGCGGUUGUAUGACUCAAUGGACAAACGGCUUGUCCGUUAUUUUGGACUUGAUAUCUGGUACAAAUCCAAUAUACAAGGAAUUAGCAAUGACUGCUCUGACGCAUUUUCGAUAUGACAAACGAUCGUUAGAAGAAAUGGUUAAAAAAGGAUUAAUUUCAAUGUUAAUUAAAAACUUGUCGUCGUACAUUGAAGCAAACAAAAUGCCAAACUUAUGCCCGCCCGAAACAAAAACUCAGUCGCAGAGCACUUUGUCCUUUGUGAGCUAUUCGCCGGCCGGUUCGUCGGGCAUGAGUCCGUACAGUCCGCCAGCUAGAAGUCUGACACCUCCGAUCAAUGAAAAUAUCGCGACCGAUUCGUACUCUCCUUGUUAUUCACCAGUUUGUGGAUCUUUCGAUGGCGAGUCUAUCAAUGCAGACUCUAGAUCUGAUAUCAGUGAUUACGAAGUAAAGGAGGAUGAUAAAGAAAUUGAAACUCCCGACAAACAAACCGGUGACAAUAUAAUAAUUUUUUUAUUAAAAUUGUUAUCGUAUCAGAAAUUUGGCGUCAACAUGAUGGGUAGCAAAGACGUAUGGCAAACGAUAUUGGACUAUAUUCUUUACAUCGAAGACAGUUUUGACCAUGAAAAGCCACAAACGAUAUUACAAAUGAUUGUUCUUGACGUAAUCAACUUCAAAACCAUUCUCACCGAAGGAUUUAUCGUUGCCACACACCAAAAGCUGUGUCAACCUGAACAUGACCUCAACCUGUGCAAGAACUGCAAAAAUCGACACUCCAUAGGUCUUAACAUCAUCAAAAGUGCCUCGGUCACUUAUGAAUCUAUGUUUGCGGAAGACGUCAUGACCAGUAUUAUGAACGAAAGAGAUAGACAAUAUGUCAAGUCAUUAGUAUCAGUUACUACUCCUCUUGUUAUACAAAGUAAACCUCCACAGCUGUUGUCAAUGUUGUUUCGCUACAACGUGUUCGACAACUUAUGCAGUAUAAUCAAAGACACUCAACACGAAUUAUUCAAUCACAGUGUCGGAGCCUUAAUAGCCUUAUUCAAAACUUCCAACAUUGUGUACACAAGUUCGUUCAUAAGCCGCUGCGAAGAUCAAAAUUGCUGCAAGACAAUUGUCAAAAAGGAAACGACCGUGGUCCUGGCUUUAGACGAUGGCACUCUGGUGAAUGCAAACAAAUCGUUUUUGUCGCUCAAGUCUCCAAUGUUUGAAGCGAUGUUUCGAUGUGGUGGCUUUAUGGAAGCCUAUCAGAAGACCAUACGUCUGAACGACGUCAGUGCCGAGUGUUUCAAGCUGCUGUUGGAUUUACUCGAAGUGUGUUGCGAGUGCAUGCUGCCGAAAGACGUCAAAAUCGUCUUGGAACUAAUCGUCGUGGCCGAUAGAUACAUGCUGGACGACUUGGCCGAACAGCUAAAUAUGAUAAUGAUGAACUCGAUCAUGUCGUUGGAAAACUGCAGCAUGAUCUACGAAUGGGCCAAAGAAACGGGCUACAGUCUGAAAUUCGGAUCGACGGUCAGCCUGGACGUGAUCAAAUAUUUGUUGACUUCCAAUUCGAGUUUUCCACGCCGCGUCGAGUCCAUUAAAAAAAUAAUCAACAGUCAAUGCGGGCAACAUUUCGUUGACGACUUUACAGAUGUACUGAAAUAUGAUCUAGUCAACAUAUGCGACGAUCAAAUAUCGAAAUUUUAUUUGAAUAAAUUUGCAAACUAAUUGAUUUAGAUUAAUAAAAAAAUAAAAUAUAUAUAUAUA